UUUGGAUCAGAAAGCUGAUUGGAUUACUGCGAGAACACUCCAUUCCCCUAUUAAUAUGUUCAUCCAAUCACUUUUCUCACUGUCUGCUUUUGGAUGUCUAGAUAAAUCCAUGGUUUUUUUUCUCGAAGGCUGACAUAUACACCUGGCAUUCAGUUUCGAAAUGUGUAAUGGGAACAUAAUUCUGUAUUUUUUUGUGAAUCUAAGCCAAAGAACUAAGAAAAACCAGGGACGUUUAAAUAUGGGGCAAAACCAGACCUCUAGUAAUGACGAAAUUGACGUUGCAGACUUGCAGGAAAUGUAUAAGAAGUUUGUGUUAGAAUGUCCAAGCGGUGCAUUGCAUCUCCAUGAAUUUAAAAGUUUUUUUGGAAUUUCAGCAAACAAGGAAGAAUCACAAUUUAUAGAACGAAUGUUCAGCUCGUUUGAUAGGAAUGGGGUAAGUCAAAUCGGCUUCUUUUGAUCUAUACAGCCAUUAUGUUAUGAUAAAUGCUGGCUCAGCCCUGGCUUACAGUAAGUCUGCAGUCCUACCUGGUCUUUUUCCAAAAAUUCCAUAAUGUAACAACCACCAAGUUGGCUAGGAGUCAUCGGAAAUGUAAUCAUAAUGUCUUGUGUUUUUUUUUUUUCCAGAAAGCACUGAUAACAUGAAAGCAUAUCUCCCUCUUUUGGAGAGUUCUAUUCGAGACACCAAUUAUCAGUCCCUAUUUUCCUAUAUUGUAUUCCCUAUUUCUAUGACCUUAAUACACCUACAAGGGAUAUUUACUAAAUAUACUUUACUAACAAGUUUAUGCACAAAAUAUCUGACAAUAUAAAAUUAGGCCUAAAUCUUAAUGAUAAAACUGAGGGUUAAAUAACUAAGCUGGAAAAAUUCUCACCUACAGCUAUAAAAUUUUAGCUUAAUUUGUGCUUUUUGCAAAAAUGUGGGUGUAUCACAGAGCUCCGUAGCAAUGAAUCGCGUAGUAAUGUGAUAUGUGAAUCAGAUCACCAUUGGUCUCGAUAACCUAAAAAAUGCAUAAUAAUGAAUGGUGUAUAUGAGUGCCUCACGGUCACCAUAGCAAUAAAACACAUAGAAACAUAGAAUGCGACGGCAGAUAAGAACCCAUCUAGUCUGUUCAAUUUUCUAAAUAUUGUCAUUAGUCCAUGGCCUUAUCUUAUAUCUAGGAGAGCCUUAUGCCUAUCCCACGCUUGCUUAAACUCCCUCACUGUGUUAACCUCUACCACUUCAGCUGGAAGGCUAUUCCAUGCAUCCACUACCCUCUCAGUAAAGUAAUACUUUCUGACAUUAUUUUUAAAGCUUUGCCCCUCUAAUUAAGACUAUGUCCUUUUGUUGUGGUAGUUUUUCGUCUUUUAAAAAUAGUCUUCUCCUUUACUGUGUUGAUUCCCUUUAUGUAUUUAAAUGUUUCUAUCAUAUCCUCCCUGUCUUGUUAUGUUUCUAUCAUAUUCCCCGGUCUCAUCAUGUUUCUAUCAUACCCCCCCUGUCAGUAAUGUGUUUUAUUGCUAUGGUAAAGGUGACAAUAAUUUAAAUAUUGUACAUUCUGUCCAUUUUAUCUGUCUUAGUUUGCUUUCCUGUGAACUAAGCAUAUUUGGAGUUUAUGCAUGUAUCACAGAGCUCCACAGCAAAAAAACAGUCCCCAGCUUAGAAUAUAAGCUCCUUUGAGAAGGGCCCUCAGCACCCUUUUUCCUGUCCGCCCAACUUGUCUCAUAGCAAAUACUUUCUGUUAGUCCACCUACUGUACAGUGCUGCAGAAUUUGCCAGCGUUUUAUAAAAAAAUAAAAAUAAUUUAAGGGGUUAUAGUGUCUGGAAUACCCUGGCACAGUCCUUUCAUUCACUGUUUUUAAUGCUAAACAGGAGUCUCCAUCAUCCCCAUCCCCUCUAUGAGGAAACAUUAGCCUGAGCAGAAAUGAGCGGCUGUGAUUGGCUGUGAAUGUCAGCUGACUGCUUUCAGCCUAUCACAGGGCCAAUUGGUGGUAUGAAUUGGUAUGGCUACAAGGAAGUGUGUAAUUUCUCCAGUAAGGGUGGGUUGUGUGGGAUCAGGGGUUAUUCAUUCAAAAUAGUUCAACACUGAAUAGAGUACAAUGACAGUGAACCCCACCAGAGGUGUAUUCUGGUUUUGUGCUGCCCUAGGCAUGACAAAACUCAGGCACCCUCCCCCCCUUCUAAAUUUCACUUCCUGUUAAAAACCAACAUGUUCUUUGCCAAACAGACACACGCCUUCACUGAUGCUGAUUCACACUCACUGACAGAUACACAGUCAUUGUCAAACACGAUGUUUAACCAACACACACUUUCACUGAAACAUACACACUUACUGACAAACAGACAUGCACACUCACAUUCACUGACAGACACACUAACUGACAGAUGCAUUCACUGACAGAUACACACACACUCACUGACAGACACCUAUACACUCAGUGUCAGAGACACACAUUCGCUAACAGACAUACACAUUGACUGACAGAUACAAACUCUCAGUGAGAGACAUGCAUACACACACUAACAACCAUACACAUUUACUAACAGACAUGCACACUCUCACUGACACACACUCUUUGACAGACACACACACUCUCACUAAAAGACAUACUAACACUCACCAACAGACACACACAUACUAACACACUGAACAACAGACACACACUGACACCCUCACUAACAGACACACACUCUCACUAACAGAAACACUCUCACUAACAGACACACACUAUCACUAUCAGACACACCCUAACUCUCAUUAACAAACACACACACUAACACACUCACAAUUUUAUUUUGUAUUAUUUGUUUACAUGUUGGUGGCUUCUUCCCUGGGGUCCAGUGGGGCUGCUGCUGCUGGCUGGGCUGGCAGGCAAGCAGGCAUGCAGGCUUAUAGUGGAGGCGGCAAGGGAGCAGUGAUCCAACUGUUCAGCUCGCACGCCUCUUAGUGAUGCCGAAACCGGAAUGACGUCAUAUUUUGGCUCCGGCAUCACAGCGGUGCUCCCUCGCAGUCCGCCUCCCACAUCAGCCCAUAUGGAUACAUCCCAUAAUUCGUAGCUUCCUAGCACCACACAGGGCUGAAUAGGGAAUCAACCUGGUUAAAGGACCACUAUAGGUACCCAGACCACUUCAGCUCAAUAAUCCAGCCUCUAGUGGCUGUCUCAUUGACAGCCGCUAGAGGCGCUUCCGCGCUUCUCACUUUGAUUUUCACAGUGAGAAGACGCCAGCGUCCAUGGGAAAGCAUUCAGAAAUGCUUUCCUAUGGACUGACUGAAUGCGCGCGCGGAAGAGGGAGGAGAGUCCCCAGCGUAAAUAAUAGAGAGAAAGUGUAAGUAAUAAUUUACUGUAAAGCAACCUCAGUUAAAGCAUUUUUAAAUUGUAGAAUCACUUUACUUAAAAAUGCUCUUGUAGUUCUGGAUGUUAUGUCCAAAUAAAUGAAUAUAAUUUGGUCAUAAAUUGAAUAUUUUUAAAUCACUUUUUUUCUUUUAUCCUUAAUCAAUGUAAGUGCCCAGGAUACAUACUAUCUAGUGGUUUUCUCGUCCUAUGUAUUAUCGUGUAAAGUCAGUGUACUUAUCUAAUCUUAUUUUCUUAGUAUUCCUGCAGUACGCCCCGUUAUACAACUUUCUAUCACCACUCAUGUUUUCGUGUGCACUGAUUAUUCCUCUUACUAGCUUGCUACCGUUUUCCAUGUUUACUUUAAGAUCUGUACAUAGCUCAGGCCAGAAUUUAAAGGGAUACAAUAGUGCCAGGAAUACAAAGCUGUAUCCCUGGCACUAUAGCAACUUCUGCCACCCCCCCACUUCCCCCUUCCCUCUUCCCCCCCUCCUGUCCCCCAACGUGGAAAAUAAAGGUUUAAUAACCCUUUAUUUACUUACCUGACCAUGGUGCCGAAGUCUCUCAACACUUGGUCACAGCUCCAUGUUUUACAUUGCAGCACUAAGUGCAAUAGGGACAGUGCACCCAAACCACUUCAAUGAGCUGAAGUGUUUUGGGUGCCUGUAGUGUCCCUUUAAUAUAUUGCCUAAUAGUAUCCGGAAUAGUGUUCAUUUAUUUUUUUAUUUUCAUAAAAAGUGCAACAAUCUUGACAUGCCGUGUAUUGUGUUUGAAACUUCUCGUGUCAUAUAUACUCUUGUGGAAAUGUCAUCAAAAGCUUGCUUGCCCACUAUAGCACUGCAAAAAUAAAGAAUGUUGAAAAAAAAUCCCUGUAAUUAAUGUGCUAUCACAACACAUUAACAGGCGCUCUGUUCUCUCAGUUACGAAUUCAUUUUAUCCUUUUACUCAUGAAGGACAACGCCAUUGAUUUUCUGGAAUACGUGGCUGCCCUAAAUUUGGUUCUCCGUGGGAAACUAGAACAUAAGUUACGAUGGACUUUUAAAAUCUACGACAAAGAUGGCAAUGGCUGUGUGGAUAAGAAGGAGUUGAAAGAAAUCAUAGAGGUAUUUUUCAAAUGCCCCAUGUGUUAGAAGAUUAAAUAUAAUAACGAAAAAAAUGAUUUGCAUUAGAAAUGUAAAAAACUUGCAGGAUCUAAGAGAAACUGAAUAAAUUAUUUAAUUUCACUGGGGCUUCAGGAAGUUAUAAACAUUAACAGCACGUCAACUUGUACAGUAACAUAGAGGAAAGGAUGGUAAAAGACACAAGUCUUCAAUAUUUAAUGAAGUAUGUUUCAUACAUUAUUUAUAACACCGGUGGGGGACAUGCCGGGUAUAUUAGCCAAAUUAACCCUUAAGUUGCUCUGUCCCAGUAGGGUUCUACACUUCCCUUCCAUUCAGGUUGAGCAGAAUGAUUGUACUCCAUUUUCGGGUUAAAUCCAUAACUAGUAUAAAUUACUUAAUCAUCCUGCUGCAUUAUGGGUUAAUCCCAUAAUUGCUAGAAAUGACAUUAUCCUGCCGCAGCACCUCAUUGAAGUUCACCUGUAUCCGCUGGCUGUUUUUCAUUGGGUACGCCUUGUUCUGCAACAUCUUCAUUGUGCGCUGCGGCACGGCUUUAGAAACAGGAAGAGUAGACAUCAUAGUGUCUAUCAUUAGCUACCCUUUGAUUUAAAUUUUUCUUGACUUCUCUCUCUUUUUUCUUCUUUUUUUGCAGAUUGUUAUUUGAAAAGCUUGUUUACCCCCACUUAAUAAUUCUAAUUUUAUUGCCCUUGGAACAGAGGCAUAACUAGAAACCACGGGGCCCUCCCUGCCCCCUCCCCCUCUCCACACAUGUAGACAAACAAAUUCACAUGCAGACACAUACAUACACACACACACACACACACACAGAGACCUAUACAUACAGACAUACAUACAGACAUAUGUAGAAACACACACACAUACACUCAUAAAGUCACAGACACACACACACACACUUACAGACACACACACACUCACAGACACACUCAGACACACAUACACUUACAGACACACACACAUACACUCAAACACACACACUCACAAAUGAACACAUACACACAAAUACACAUACACAUUCAGACACAUACACAUUCAGACACAGACACACACACACACACUUACGGACACACACACAUACACUCAGACACACACACACUCAGACACACACAUACACUUACAGACACAUACACAUACACACACUGAGACACACAUACACAUACAGACACACAGACAAACACAUACAAACAUUCAGACACACUCACACUCACAAACACAUACACACACUCAGACACAAACAUACACAUUCAGACACACACAUACACUUACACACUUACAGACACAUACACACACAUUCACUCAGACACACACACUCAAAGACAAACACAUACACACACAUUCAGACACACACUUACAGACACAUUCACUUACAGACACACACACAUACACAUCAGACAUACACAGACACACACAAAUUAUUAAUAAUUAAUGUCCACCCAGUCUCCCUGUCCCAGGGGUCCAGUGGGGCUUCAGUGCGGCGGGCGGCAGAGUUCCUGCCACACGCGGCGAAGGAGCUGUGUUCUCUCUGAUCUGCUCCCUUGCACACCGUUUGCUGGUGCCGGGAGCCAGAAUAUGACGUCAUAUUCCGGCUCUCGGCAUCAAUAGACAGCCUGCGAGAAAGCAGAUCAGAGAACACAACUCCCUCGCCGCGUUUGACAGGAACUCUGCCAUCCCCCUGGGGGGGUCCAUUAGGUGGCCAGUUUUUUUGAGAUUUUUUUCCAGGUAAGGGGGGGAGAGUGGAUUGGCAGGACCACUUUAAAAUACAUCUUUAUUGUUUCAGAUUAAAACUCAAACCAAAACUGUGUAUUUUCCAGCAUACUUUAUAGGAAGAGACCAAAAAUGUGAGUGAGGAUAUAGAUCUUCCAGUGUACCAGUGAAACCUAUAAAGGGCAACGAUUGAUUCCAAUUGCUAACUUAGCCAGUAAGGCCACUUUCUAUAACGGACUUGCAAUAUUUGCAAGACCGAUUUUAUGUGUCUUUAUAGUCAUUGGCCACAAUGAAGAAACUUUGGAUUGGUUGAGAUCAUAAGUAACGGUGUUGAGACCAGCACAGCGUAGGAUAGAACGUAAGUUAAACUUAUUUAAAUUAUAGUUACAGGGGAGCCCAUAUAUAUAAAUUUGCAAGGAGUAUAAUGUUAAACUUAAAGAUAUGAAGUUAGAAAUACAUAUAUGUUUUGUUAGAGAUCCACGUGAAUGAACCGCAGUAUAUUAUGAAUGCAAGGUUUAAAGAAUACAUUUUUUUUUCUCUAUAGUCCUUUUAUAGUGUAAAGAAAGACUGGAAGAGGGAUUCGGAGGCCCAGUUACUGAGUCCAGAUGACGUAUGUGAAAGGAUUUUUCAAAGCGUUGAUGAAAACGGAGAUGGUGAGCAUUUAAUAUUAGUUCAAAAUUUCAGUAGUCGAUAGAAAGAACUAAAGUCUACUCAUGUGGUUAUAAUGUAGUGACCAUAAUGACGUGCUUACAAAUUUUAUAUAUUAUAAUUUAUGCUUGCCUUACUUUGUUCUGUUGAGUACACAUUCACAUGUUCAUUUACUGUGCAACCAAAUAGUAUUGUAUGCACAAGAAACAUUUACUGCACAUUCAACAAUAAAGCACAUGUCCUCAUUCAAAUAAAUUUAUACUUAAAGGGACUCUAUAGGCACCCAGAACACUCAAUAUAAUGGACUGGCUGCCUCCCCCUUUUUUACCCUAGAGCUGAAAACUUUUUUCCUGGCACUAUAGCUUCCCCUCUGUCAAGGUCCCCCUGCCUCUUGGUGCAUAAGGGGUUAAAAACAUUACGUGGGUCCGGAGCGAUAUCCCUCGGCGCUGGCUCGGGUCCGCCUUCUUUUUCUUGCUGGCUGAUAUUGGCGGGGGAGACCUAAUGCGCAUGACCACACUCACAUUUGGAUUUCCCCAGAGGAAAGCAUUACUCAAUGCUUUCCUAUGGGGUUUAGGGCGAAGCUGGACGUCCCUAUGCAUGACAGCCCAGAAGUCCCUCUAUUGGCUGUCUGGUAGACAGCCACUAUAGGUGAAGUUAACCCUAGCAAGUAAUUAUUGCAGUUUAUUAAAAGCUCUGAGCACCAUAGCCACUACAGUGUUGGUGUAUCACUGAGCUGCCCAGCAAUAAAAAGCAUGACAAUGUUCUGAAAUUGCUAGGUUACCACGUAGCUUCGCAUAAGUAAAUCCUAGUGAUCUAUCUAUAUAAAGAAAAUAAUACUGUUCUUUUUUUCCGCAGGACAGCUCUCAUUGCAGGAGUUUGUAGAGGGCGCAAAGAAGGACCGAUGGGUUUUAGAAAUGCUGCAACUUAACACAAGUCCUUGCAACUGGGUUAUGGAGCAAAGAAGAAAGAGUGCAUUAUUUUAACAUGGAGACACUCACGUUGGGCAGCCCAGAACAAUAGAACUCACUUUUAAUGACAAG